AUGACUAGCAUCGCGGGAGCGAAGCUGAGCACUAUCGAUGCUCGAGACGGCGGCAGUGACCAAGCCGAGACUCGGGCUGCUUCCUCCAUCGGCGUCAUCAACAAGCAUGUAACAUUCGAGGAGUAUGUCUACUCGGCCGAUCGAGCACGAGCAUUCGAGAGCACACUCGUGACAGAGAAUACAAUCGAUCAACUCAAAAAGCUGUUCACGGGGAAGAAGCUUGCCACGCAACCGACAGAGCUUCAAACCGACUACUCCAGUGUCACGCCCCCGGAAAAGCAUGGUUCCAAUGUGGCCAGGCUAACCACGGAGGAUGGCAACGGAGUUACUGAGCUCGAAUGGGAACGAGCACAGCGCGCGACAAGGACGGCGACAUGGAUCACUGUGUUCUACUUGAUCACUACGGACAUUUUGGGACCUUACAAUGUUCCAUGGGCCGUGUCAAGGAUGGGGUAUGGACCUGGCGUCGCUCUCUACACUGUCUUUGGAGGAUUCGCGUUCUACUCAGGUCUUCAGCUGUGGAAACAAUUCUGUGGACUGGACAGUCCGCGGUAUCCCAUGCGUAAUUACGGAGACCUGGGCUUCCGAAUCUUCGGCAACUGGGCUAGGAUGGUUAUCAAUGUGCUCCAAAGCUGUCAGUUCUUUCUGAACGUGACGCUCAUCACUGUGAGCAAUGGACAAGGGCUGCAGCAAAUGGCCGCAGGUGCGAGUGGGAAAGGCUUCUUGUGCUUCGUCGUCGCCGAAGUCAUCUUCAUGCUCCUUGGUUUCGUUCUGGGACAAAUUCGAACUCUGCAACGGCUGGGUUUCUUGGCUAAUAUUGCCGUCUGGCUGAACAUCUUUGUGAUUUUCAUGACUAUGGGCGUCACUUCAGUUUUCAAGCCGAAUUACGAAGCUGCUCAAGCUUCAUAUGGAGUGGCGCCUGGACCUGUCCAAACCAGUGCCAAUUGGCCAGAAGGAAGUAAGCUCAUUGAUCGAGUCAAUGGGCUGAUGAACGGAGUGUUUGCUUAUGGAGGAGCUACGCUAUUCACCGAACUAAUGGCAGAGAUGCGACGGCCGAACGACUUUUACAAAUCCCUCAUCUGUGCGGAGAUCUUCAUCUUCUCGAUGUACAUCACGAUCGGCAUGGUCGUAUACACUUAUCAGGGCCAGUUCACGUUCAAUCCGGCCUAUCAAGGUGAAGUCAUAGGUAUUCCCAACUCGGCUUACGCCUGGCAGACGGUCGGCAACGCUAUUGCAUUUGUCUCCGCAUUAAUCGCAGCGGUACUGUAUGGAAAUAUUGGCGUGAAGGUCCUCUACGCUUCUGUCUUGCGUGAUGUCUUUCACUUCCCUGCGCUUGACACGAAGAAGGGAAAGUUGGUAUGGAUGGUGCUCGUCCCCAUCUACUGGGCACUUGCGUUCAUCUUUGCUGCAGCAAUUCCGCAGCUCUCCAAUCUGGCCGCCUUUGUUGGAGCAGCUUUCAUCCUACAAUUCAGCUAUACCUUUCCGCCGAUCCUCAUGGUGGGCUUCAAUUGCCAAAAGGACGCCAUUCUGCCGGAAGAGCUCGACACCACGGUGGGCGGCCGAUUUGUCCGCGUCGACUCCGGACCGCAGCGAUGGAUACGUGGCUACCGCAAGCAGUGGCUGCUGAACACUUUCAACGUGAUCUAUUUCGUCGCUUCGCUGGCAGUUGCAGGAUUGGGGAUUUAUGCAUCGAUCCUGGGCAUGAGGGCUUCCUUCAAGUCGACGCCCCUGACGCCUUUUACUUGUGGCAGUCCCACUGGUUGAAACAUGGGACGUCGGCUACUUUCGUGCGACAGACAGCCUUGACCAUUCAACCAACCUG